AUGAGACCAUGUGUUAUCAUUAUUGUGAUAAAAUGUUCCACAGAUCUUGUUGCUUCGAUUUUGAACUGUUUUUUGAGUGAGAGGCUUGUCACAACCGGCAAAAAUUUUUAUAUUAUCUCCGAGGGUUUUUGUCGGUUCACAUCUUACCAAACCUGCUUCUCUAGCCAUAUGCUUUUGGUCAGCUUGAUCCAACAAAACCUAAUUUGGCUCAUUUGCUCAUACAUCUUCCGAUAUUACAUCCUACACUAUCAUGACCCAUCCCUCAAAACUUUUCUAUUCUCUGCAAUCCUAGCCUACAUCCCUUCAUUUGCUCACUCUAUCUACUGGAUUAUAUAUUGUUAUAUCUGGCUUCUUGAUUCGGAAAAAUAUUCUCCAAAAAUGUUCACAAAACCCGAAGAUCUUGCUAUGGCGGGAAGUGUCGUUCAUCAACCUAGCCAAAUUACAUUUUUCGUACUUUCGGUGUUAUCAGUUCUCGUGUUUUCAGUUUAUGUUUGGAUCAGUCGGGAACUCGCGAAAUUUUUGAACGAGAAAACUUCGAGAUUAUCGAAGAUAGCAAUCAUUUUGAACACUCAGCUGGUGAAGGCCAUUCACUUCCAAUUCCUGAUACCUUUUCUAACCAUAUCCGGAAUAUCAACACUAUAUAUGAUACAUUAUUCUUUGAUUGACCCUAUUCAAAUCCAAGCACUUCCAUCAAUAUUCCUGUCAACUACUAUGAGCAUUUUCCCGAUGAGCUAUAUCAUUUUUAUGCCUCCUUACUUCAAUUUCUGUUUUGGAAACCCGAAAAAAGAAGCCACUCGAUUGAUCAAAUCUAAUUUGAAAAUUGGGUCUACUGUAGUUGUAACAGUGCAAUCUACUACUGGUGUUUAUCCAUUAUCACAUAAUACGAUUUGA